GCCAUCAUGAAGGGUACAGUCUCGAUCUGCUGUCUCCUCUCCCUGCUGCUUUUGCAGGCCACAGCAGAAGAAGAAGAUAUCACCUCUGUCCUCAGAGACAAAUCUCACAUCGACGAGACGUUGCGGCUCGCAACUGAGGAAAAAUCAAGAGACUAUGCAGCGGCUCUGGAGAGGUUGCGGAAGAUCUACCACACGUCCAUCAAGCCGAUGGAGCAGGCCUACAAGUACAACGAGCUGAGGCAGCACGAGAUCUCAGCCUACCCCGGACGAACCCUGGGUGACUCAGCCACAGAUGGAGAGAUUACCUCCAAACCCAUGGUGCUCUUCCUGGGACCUUGGAGCGUAGGAAAGUCCUCCAUGAUUAAUUACCUCCUGGGCUUGAACGACAGCCCCUAUCAGCUCUACACAGGAGCCGAGCCUACUACCUCUGAGUUCACUGUUAUUAUGCACGGGGAGAAGAUCCGCUCAGUUGAGGGUAUUGUGAUGGCAGCCGACAGCUCUCGCUCUUUCUCGCCCCUGGAGAAAUUUGGCCAAAACUUCCUGGAAAAGCUGAUCGGCAUUGAGAUGCCCCACAAGCUGCUGGAGCGUGUGACUUUUGUGGACACGCCGGGAAUCAUUGAGAACCGCAAGCAGCAGGAGAGAGGUUAUCCUUUCAACGAUGUUUGCCAGUGGUUCAUUGACCGUGCUGACCUGAUCUUCGUCGUGUUUGACCCCACCAAGCUGGAUGUGGGCCUGGAGCUGGAGAUGCUCUUCCGACAGUUGAAGGGUCGCGAGUCCCAGAUCCGUAUCAUCCUGAACAAAGCUGACAACCUGGCCACCCAGGACUUAAUGAGAGUCUAUGGAGCACUCUUUUGGAGCUUGGCUCCCCUCAUCAAUGUGACCGAACCCCCCCGCGUCUACGUCAGCUCCUUUUGGCCAUAUGACUACGCACCUGACACCAGUCGCGAGCUCUUCAAGCGAGAGGAAAUCUCCCUUCUGGAAGAUUUGAACCAGGUGAUUGAAAACCGCAUGGAGAACAAGAUUGCCUUCAUCCGCCAGCAUGGCAUCCGUGUGCGCAUCCAUGGCCUGCUGGUGGACCGCUAUGUCCAGACCUUUAAAGAAAAGAUGAGCUUCUUCAGCGACCCUGAACUCGUGUUCAAGGAGAUUGUGGACGACCCAGACAAGUUCUACAUUUUCAAAUCCAUUCUAGCCAAGACCAACGUCAGCAAGUUCGACCUGCCCAACCGCGACGCUUACCGUGACUUCUUUGGCAUCAACCCAAUCACCAACUUCAAACCCUUGUCGUCUCAGUGCUCCUACAUAGGAGGCUGUCUGCUGGACAAGAUUGAGAAGGCCAUCACCAAUGAGCUGCCCGCUCUACUGAGCAGCAUUAACUCUGGCAAACAGCCCGGCCUGUCCUCCUGCGAGGCAACCGGCUGUGGUGAGAAGCCAAAGAACCGCUAUCGGAAGAACUGAGGAACACAAAAUAACUUAAGUGGGGGAAGUAAAGGGAGAGGAGGUGGAGAGAAGGGGUCUGGCGGAAGCCAACCCUGCUUUUGUCAGAAUGCCUGUAUUGUUGAGGAGACAGAGGAGAGAGGAUUAGUGUUUGUUUUUUUUUCCUCAGGAAAAUAUGGGGAUGUGCAUUUAGGCCCUGUGGGAAUGAGGAGUGGGAAGGAAGAGUAAUUGUGUAAUAAGGCAACUUAAGGACACAAGUGCUGACGAAAUGAGAACAGGUCACUGGUCACUGAGUUUUUGUUGAAACACACGCCCUCCUCUCUCCCUUGCACAAGCACAGUGGACUGCCUGGGAUUUUGGGGGAUGAGGAAGUAAAUGAUGUGAAGAAAAACAUAUAAGUACAAUCAAAUAAAAAAAUUUAAAUCCUCAGACUGAAAAAGUCAAAUACCAGCUCCCUUGUAUGUGAAUAAAAUGGGAAAGUGGAAAUAUCAAAGUUGCAAAUUUGUGUUGUAAAAUCUUGAGAAUUGCGUUGCAGGAGGUCAAUUCCAUUUGCUUCAGAAGGUGAUUUUGAAGUAGCCUUUUGUGUGGGUGCUAUACAAAGCCUUUGUCUUUGGGUGCUCUUCCAAACUCUUGACAUAGAUUAACAUUAAUGUUGCAUGUUAGACGUCACAUCUUACUUAUCAGAUGCAUGUAUAUUCCCUCUAACAAACUCAACCCUGAACCAGCACGGCCAUGCAAGGCCUUUUAUAUUUCUUAGUUUUAUUCGCUCAUCAGUCUUGGUUGUUGACAACCAGUGAAAUGAGCACCGUGAUGGAAGCAGAGGUCAGGGUUCAAGGGUCAGAGAGUCUUCAGAGUGGGAUGGAUAAUUUCAUUCUGCUUCACUUCUUAACUCCUCUUACUGUUUCCGAGUGCAUCUAUAAAUUUGCCAGUCUUUGGCAGAAAUUCAAUAAGGAAUAACUUUUUUCCUUCAAUGAUAAGCUUCCCAGCAUUUUUUAAGCUGAACGACCAUAAUAGCGACACAUGAGGAUGUGUUUGAAUCACAGCUAUCUGUAUCUAUUUGUUUUUGCCAUUUCUUUUGCAGGUUAGAAAUAUAUUUAUUGAUUUGUUUUAUGUGUAAACUUCUCAAAUGGGCAUUGAAGCAGGCUGCGUCUGCGUGCUGAACAAACCUUCACUGUAAGAUUGUGAUAGCGGACCUCUGAUAAUGGAUUUUGUAGCUUGCAAAAAAACUAAAAAAACUAAAAAACGGAGGGCUUGAGGUAAUUGAGAGGACAUGGCGAAGUGGAAGACCCACAAGUUGACCCCUGACCUCUGUGGAAAGAAGCAUGCUCAAAAUACUGAUCCCUAUGUCUUUGGAGUGAUACACGUCAAAGCUGCAAUUUCUUACGUGAGCCUACCUCAGUGAACUUCCCAGGAGUAUGGCACGGCCAAAUCGUUCAAAAUAGUUUGACAUUAAGGGAAAACACACUUAUUUAAGCCGCCAAAGUCACUUUUUGGAGUCUGAUGUUUGUUGGCAACCUGCAGAGACUCCAGGAAGAUUCUUUGCCUGGCAAGAAAUAGUCAAUUCCCCAAAUGACCACUGUACUGCAUUGAAACUACCCUUUCUGUUUGAUGUCAGCAAACAAGGUAUGAUGUAUUCAUUUUGGAGCUGUAGACCUGCAGGUAGGUGGACUUCAGUUCCCUCUUGACAGACUCUGGCUAACUGUUUCCCCUUGUUUACAGUCUUUAUGCUAAGCUAGGCUAACCAGCUGCUCUGGCAGAAUAUUUAGAGAAACUUCAUGUACCAUGACCUGGAUGACGGCGAACCUUCGCAGAUUCAGAGCUGAAGUCUACCAAAAUGACAAACCGCUGCUUGAAAUCUCAAGUCAGUCAAGGGAGAGGUAGGUGGUAACAACACCUUCCGUUCCCUCUUCGUCUUCCCUCACUAUCCCCCAUAGUGCAGAAUGUUUUAUUAUCUCAAAUCUGAAGCAUCAUGGAGCCGAAAAGAAAACGACCUGACAGACAAACCCCACUGAAGCUCACAUUUGCUUAAUUCCCUGUGUUUCGCUGAGUGUUUGUGCGUUCCACUGGAUGUGUUUGUUAAAUUUACAAUGCAGAUCCAGGACAUGCCCACUAGAGAGUGCUGUGUAAAAGUGUAAAAAGUUAUAAAUGCAGACCAUUGACUAACACUUCUAAUAGCAACAGUCUUCAGUGACUGACAAGCUUGGCCUUAUGAAAUUGUGUGGUUGUGCUUUUUGGUAUAGUUCAGUUUCAAUUAUCUUAUUUUCCUGUGAAUUAAUUCUGGCCUGGAUGUGUGUCUCAUUACAGAAGUUGUUGGUUCACUUUUUUUUUUGUUUUGCUAUAAAAUUUUAAUUAAUCUUUGCCCAAUUCUUUUGGAAGCUUUAUCAAGAAGAAUAAAGAUUUGUUGAUUGAC